GCCCUGCUCUAACAGUGGGCCUUAACAAAAGUAUGAAGCCCAUAAACACGGACAGUUUGCCUCCAACAAAGAGCAGGCCGAAGCGCGCCGGCCAUCCCCGUGUCCGAGAUUCCCUUCUGCCGCCGACGGUGAGCUUAGCGAUUUACAAACACUUGCAGAGACCAGACCAGUCACCGAGCUCUGAAUCUGUAGUCGGCGAUCGCAGUAACUCCUUGGCGCUGAAGACUGCGUUUCAGUUUUUUUUAGUGCAUUGCGCCUUCAAAGUUCCAGACUUGGGGGUUAUGGUUUCGUUCUCAUUACCGGCUAGGAAAAAUUGGAGCUGUGUGAUAGUGACGAUUGAAAUGGUUGUGUUGCAGCUUUAUAAGGAAUGUCUUCGAAGAGCUAAGUACGUUGGUCAUCAGCAACACAAUACUGCGUUGUUGGUUGAAAUGGUGAGGCAGCAGUUUAAAAAGCACAAGCACGAGAUCGACCCUGACAAAAUCCAGAAGUUGAAGGACGACGCGGCAAGAGGGCUUAUAAACCACAUGCUAUAUGAAUCUGAGAAGAUGUCUGGACGUAAGUUCAGCAAGAGUGCUUAGUCUACCAGGUUCUUGUUUUCUGCCGAGCAAAGUUACUGUCUUUUUGGUAUAGAAGAACAGAUUGAAUGACAGAAAGAGUUUUCCUUUCUGCGUUCUUGUUGCUUCAGGAAGCUUGCUAGAAGAGUAGUGUUUGAAUGGCUUUCUCUUCUUCCACCAUUUGUCUAUCUGCUAGCUGUUUUUAGAUGCAAGCUUAUUCUGAAAUAAAAUAGCUAUGGGAAUCAAGUUUGUUAAGAAAGAUCAAUCAAUUUUGAAGUGCUUUGUAUCAUUUUCUUCUGUCGAUUGUCGUCCUUUGUUCCCCUUUGUGGAGAGGUGGGCGUAUUAAGUGAUGUAGAGCUUGUCCUGUUCUGUGGAAGCUUAGUAUAGUUUGUAGACAACUGUAUCCUGCUAAGAAUAGCUUGGAACCACCAACUCUUAGAAGGUCUAUUAGGAUUCUCAACUUUGAAAUACAUAAUUUCUUACCUUGCUCAAAUAC